CCGCUAGGGGCGUCCUACCUGGUCCCUGCUAGGUCACGACAAUCUGUUCAAGCCAAGAACCGACCUGGAUGGGGGGAGCUGAGGCCAAAAGUGGGGGCGGCUUGUAGAGGCAAAGGGGGCUGCAGAGCCGGCUCCAGGGGUCCAGGCAGCUUUGGGGAGGAGGGAUUGGACUCUAGCUGAGCGCUCGGAGUCCUGGCGCUCAGCCGAGUGUGCGGGGCCAGGCUGUGGACACUCAGGGCCUGCUGCCCAGCCUUGGCUGCCCACGGGGUCUAGCCCCCACCCUCCCCGCUAUGAUCACUAUGCUGGGGCAUUUCAUGGGGGUUCGCACCGCCCCAGCAUCGAAGCCAGCAGCAUUGAAAUAUAGCUUCAGCCAAAUGCUCCCUUCCCAGUAGUGAGAGAGGACCGGAGCGUGCGCGGGGGUCCUCCGCGGCCACCCAUGUGUGUGCUGGGUGGGCUUGGCCGCGCUGCCCGCCCCCCCUCGGGGGGAGGGCCCAGUGAUGCGCUGUGACCGUGCCGCCUCCAUGUGGCUGCUGAAGGGCCCAGGGGGGAGCAGGCAUGGGGCGCGGCCGCGCCUCCCUCCCACCCCUCCUGGCGGACGGCUGGCUAGGCGAUGAGCAGACGUGAGGGGCUAGCCGGCCGCCGGGCUCUGCAGGACGCUGCCUGGCUCCCGAGCGUCGGUCCCUCCGCGCCCGGGGCAGGAGCGGCUGUGCGCUGGGCUCAGAGGCCAGGCGGGCGAGCGCAAGUCCCCGGCUUCGCUAUGGGGCACAACGGCAGCUGGGUGUCACCGAACACCAGCCACCCGCGCAACACGUCGGGCGCCGAGGCUGGCGCCAACCUCAGCGCGUUCGGGGAGCUGAGCGAGGCGCAGCUGUACCGCCAGUUCACCACCACCGUGCAGGUCAUCAUCUUCAUUGGCUCGCUACUCGGAAACUUCAUGGUGUUAUGGUCAACGUGCCGCACAACAGUGUUCAAAUCUGUCACCAACAGGUUCAUUAAAAACCUGGCCUGCUCCGGGAUUUGUGCCAGUGUGGUCUGUGUGCCCUUUGACAUCAUCCUGAGCACCAGCCCUCACUGUUGCUGGUGGAUCUACACAAUGCUCUUUUGCAAGGUGCUCAAAUUCCUGCACAAGGUGUUCUGCUCCGUGACUGUGCUCAGUUUCCCUGCCAUUGCCCUGGACAGGUACUAUUCAGUCCUCUAUCCUCUGGAGAGAAAAAUAUCUGAUGCCAAGUCUCGGGAACUAGUGAUGUAUAUCUGGGCUCAUGCAGUGGUGGCCAGUGUCCCUGUGUUUGCUGUGACCAAUGUGGCUGACAUCUAUGCUAUGUCCACCUGCACGGAAGUCUGGAGCAACUCCUUGGGCCACCUGGUGUAUGUUCUGAUCUACAAUGUCACCACGGUCAUUGUGCCUGUAGCUGUGGUAUUCCUCUUCCUAAUCCUGAUCCGGAGGGCUCUGAGUGCCAGCCAGAAGAAGAAAGUCAUCAUCGCUGCACUGAGGACCCCACAGAACACCAUCUCUAUCCCCUACGCCUCCCAGCGGGAGGCUGAGCUACAUGCCACCCUGCUGUCCAUGGUGACAGUCUUCAUCCUCUGCAGUGUACCCUAUGCCACCCUGGUUGUCUACCAGACUGUGCUCAAUGUACCUAACACUUCCGUCUUCUUGCUUCUCACUGCCAUUUGGCUGCCCAAAGUCUCUCUGUUGGCCAACCCCGUGCUCUUCCUAACUGUGAACAAAUCGGUACGCAAGUGCUUGGUGGGGACCCUGGUGCAGUUGCACCACCGGUACAGCCGCCGCAAUGUGGUUAGUACAGGGAGUGGGGUGACUGAGCCCAGCCUGGAGCCCAGCAUGCGCUCUGGUAGCCAGCUCUUGGAGAUGUUCCACAUUGGGCAGCAACAGAUCUUUAAGCCUUCAGAGGAUGAGGAGGAGAGUGAGGCCAAGUAUCUUGGCUCAGCCGAUUUCCAGGUCAAGGAGGGACUCACCUCCUGCCCAGAGGGCGAGCAGGAGCCGCAGCUGGUGCCCCCUGUGCCACCCCCAGGCACAGUGGACUCUGAAUCUCGGGUGUCCCCAGUAGCUCCCGUGGAACCUGGGAUAUUCCCUGAGAAGUAUUCCCUGCAGUUUGGCUUUGGGCCUUUCGAGUUACCCCCUCAGUGGCUCUCUGAGACCCGAAAUAGCAAGAAGAGGCUGCUCCCCCCACUGGGCAAUACCCCGGAGGAGCUGGUCCAGACAAAGGUGCCCAGGGUGAGCAGGGUGGAGCGGAAGAUGAGCAGAAACAAUAAAGUGAGCAUUUUCCCAAAGGUAGACUCCUAGCAAGUGCCUGAGAGUGCCUGGAAGGGACAGGGAGCUGGGUUCUCCCGUUCUCCCUCACUGUGAGCCACUGUGGUGACAGCUCCUCUAAGGGGCAGACGCUUCUGAAUGAAAGGGAAGUCUAUAUAAAAUCCAAUGUCCUCUUUAUUGAGGGAGUAUAUAUUAUCUGUCUUAGAGUUCUGUGUCCUUCAUCACAUUCAGUGUAAGCAGGGCCGAGUGGAGCAGGUCUGAGGGCCCUCUAUGCACAUUUCCUGGGAGAUUCCUCCCUUCUUUGUGUGUAGCAGAGAACCCAAAGGGAGCAGACACUCUGAGGAGGCCCAGGAUAAUUAUGUGCUUCAAUGGCCACAAAGAAGAAACUGAUUUGGUUUUUAAUUUUUUUUUCUUUUUUUGAGACUGGAUCUCUUUGUGUAGUCCCACCAUACAGACUGGGCUGGCUUUGAACUCAGAGAUCCACCCGCCUCUGCCUUCUGAGUGCUGGGAUUAGUGGUCUUGGCCGCAUGCCCACUUAAGAAACCUAUUUGGGCAGCUAAGUAAGAAUAACAAACAGGAAAAUAUCUGUACUGAGAAGACAGCGCCAUGGUGUCCAAUGCUGUUCACUAGAUUUUGCAAUCACCUGACUCCGUUUGCUAAUACCCCUUGUCCGGAUUUCUGGGUCAUAAGGGGGAGGGGUGACUGAUCCUACCUUAUGGCAGACAGAGCAGUGUCUGAGGGACCCUUUUUGUCCUUGAUUAACUUUCUACCCAGUUGGUAUCACCAAGGCCUCCAACAAAAGUACCUGCUUCCAGCAGUCAGAAGUGCUGACUGGAAACCAUUGCCAACCCUUCUCUGUGUGUCCAUUUAAACUGUUUGAUCAGCAACAAGGAGGAAGCUCUGUGGUGGGGAAGACAGACUGAGAAAUGCCCACGAUGCAUAGCCUUUCUUGAUCUAGAACAAAAGACGAGAGUCUGUAUAGUGGGAUACAUUGAGUAUGUACAGGUGUAAAGUAAAACGCCACAAUUGGCAAAUGUUUGGAAUUAAAAGGUGCUGAAGGAAUGUAGGUGACUUGCACUGGGUCCUUUGGCACCUCUGAGGGGAAAGUCCUUGAUUAGCACAAGUGAUCCUGCCCCAGGACUUGUUAGUUUCACAUGUAGAAGAGGCCCACUUGCUGGUCUCAUUUUCAGUGUGUUCCAUGAUUCUGAUUCCCACGAAGCUGAGCAGAGCAGGGAGAAAUAAUGAUUGCAAAAUGCUAAAGCAGUACCUGCCCUGAUUUAGCCCCUCACCCCCCACUUCCCAUGAGGCUUCAGCAUGAGCCGUGGUGGAUGGGAGAAUGUGCUCUUUCAGGAGCUCGGUGUGUGAACCACUCUGGGACUGAUGCUCCAGGCCCACUUCCGACCCAGCACUCCCCUCUUUCAUCAGGUCGGCAGCUCUGCUCCUCUUUAGGGUGUUCUGUUCUUGUUCGUGUGCUUGGUGGAGCCAGUCAGGUGCCUUGAAUGGAUGGGUGUUCCUUACGGGGCAAACUUCUACAUCUCAAAGGCAGCAGCCCGCUUAGUCCUGCUGGCCCAUCUUCCCUGGGAGGAAGGUUAGCCCAUGUGUAGGGAAACUCCUUUUCUUUUCUUCUGUUGUAUUCUGUUAUGUCUUGUGAACCCCAAAACCUUCUCCUUGAAGAGGGAACACCUUCCUCUCUGUGCACCACCUCACAGACUUAUUUGCUCGAAGUAGAGACAGGGUACUGCACCCCUCUUAAGGCUCCGUGGUCCUCUGGGCCCUGUGUACAUGUCAUCUGUAACUCUUGGUCCUGAUGCUGUGUUAAUUCUGUGGCCCCCCGAGCUCAUUGUUUGAAGCUUUCUUAAUUGUUACAGCUUUUACUAAGGGGAAAAAUAAUCUGUCAGAAAAUUCUAUGUACCUGAGAACCUGUGACGUGUACUUGUGUUGCUGUCCUCCUGACAGCAUGUGUGUACGACUUAAUAAAUUCUCAACAGCAGCGUUUGGUUCACCAAAUUCUCAUGUAUGUUUGAAAGAGAAGGCUGACGUCUAACAGGCUGUCACCGAGUAUAUUUCUAUACUCUUUGAAGAAUAACAUUUUAAUAAAAAUUAUAAAGCUGUUUCUGA